AUGUCAAAUGAUGUUAGUAAUCGACUUACGAGGAUUGAUUUUACGGGAACUUUGAACGAGCCAGCUCAGUUGGAUGGGGCAACACAACAACACCAACCGUUGCAAGAUACAAAAAAGGAAACCCAUCCUCCGCUUAGUAAGAAAAUAAGGAAAGUAAUCAAGGGAGGCCCGAAGGCUUUGGGGUUACCUCAAGUAAGUGAGAACGCCCAAGGUUCUCAUUCUUGCAUCGUGAGGUAUGAGUCUCCAUGGGAUACAUAUCGGCGAACUAUCUCUUGUAUAAUUGCAGGCAAGGUUAUCAUUGCCACUCAUCAUUCCAACCCGUCACGGGUGAUUGCCAUUAGGGAAUAUCAAAAGAGAGAUGCGGACAAAAUGGUUGAGCUGUACAGUCACCUAAGACACGAAAAUAUAUUGUCUGCACGAGAGUGCUUCAUGGAUGAAAGUUCCAUGUUUGCCCUAGUUGACGACUUGCCCCUUACUUUGGAACAUCUUGUCGGGUGUCGAACCUUUUACCCGUCUGAAUGCGAACUUGCCUCAAUGCUUUGGCAGACAGGAUACUUGUUGAUGUGUAAGACCCUCAAUGGCGCCUGUUACCUUAGUGAGAAUGGUUGGGAACAUCAGUCAAUGAUAUGUCAAUGCAUUCUUUUGGGCCUCGAUGGUGCGAUUAAAAUUGGUAAGUUAAUUUAUUUUGCUGAAAUCUCAAUACUGAAAGAUUUCGCAGCAAACUUGGAGUCCUGUGAGAGAAGGUCACCUAGUCAGACCCAAAGCAAACAUAUCAAGUCUCUUGCAGGUAUUGCCAUGGAGCUUAUGCAGAAAUAUAUAAAGGAUAACGGGAUGGUGGGAGUCGAUGAUUUGGGUCGAUGGCCCGUGGAUUCAGCUGCCUUUGGCUUUCUCUUGGCAAUAUCCACUGCAACAUCAAUGGAAGCCUUGAAGGAGCAUUCACUCUUCAUUAACAAGAACCGGUCCCAGGGCCGACUGGUUCUGCUAGCGAGAACGGUUAUGCUUUCUGCGAAGAUUUGUUACUCGCACGAUACCUGA